GCUCAACAACUUGGAAGCCGAACGUUCCGAAGUUCUAUUUCCACUCGGAAAAGAGGCAAACCGACGGAAGUUCGCGCCCAGGCGAGUGUCCGCGCCCGGCCAUGAGCUGCCCCGUCAAUCUGCCGGCGGAUGUUUUCCAUCCGGUUCCGAGUCGCGACGGCGUGAAAAGCAGGUCCCUGGCGGCCCCGAGAGCAUCUCAGUGGGAUCCGCAGCUGAGCCUCGAGCUGUGCUCGCGCAGGAUGCCCCGCCUCCUGCUCCACGAGAAGGCCCUUCGUCUGGCUCAGCGUCAUGUCCGCCACUGCGGAGCGUCACGUGGUCACUGCUUCUUCCUGGGUUCUGUGGACGUGGAUGCAGACGAGGAAGGCGUCACUGUGACGCUGGACCGCUUCGAUCCGGGUCGGGAGCAGGCCGGCGCCUCGGGCCGGGUUCCCGCCGCCCCGCUGCCGGGGGGCGUGCUGGUUCCGUGUUUGAUCUCUAAUCAGAGGGCCUCCGACGACGACGACAACGACGACGUGGUCCCAUCGGAGGCCGAACUCUGGCGCUCCUCCGCUGCGUUGCAGGCUCACUUGAGCGGUCGGCAGCCUCUGGAUCUGGGUCAGCUGAUGAGGGUCAAAGGUCGCGUGCGCUGCCAGCAGCAGGGAGGCCCCGCCCGCUUCUCGCUGGGCUGGUCGUCGCUUUGGCCGUCCGUCCGCCUGGAUGUCCGGCCCGUCCGCCCCGUACCCGUCGCGCCGGCGCCGUCGCUCGAGAGUCUGAGCGGGACGCCCGGGGGCCCCCGGCGAGGGUUUUUGACGAUGAAUGAGAGCAGAACUCUUCUUGUUCUGCUGAUGGAGUCGGACCCCUCGGCCUCCGAGCUGCCGCUGGUUGGUGUCUGGCUGAGCGGCGUGACCCGAGUGUGGAACCCUCACGUGUGCGCCUGGUGCCUCCGAUUCCUCUUUGGCUCCGCCCUCCGAGACAGAGUUCUGUCGGACGACGGCGCUUUCCUGCUCGUCACCUUCCCGUCCCGACGCGCGGCCCCGGACUUCUUCCGGUGUCGACGUUCGGGUUCCGGUCGGCCGGACUGCCGGGUGCUGAGGGCCCGCCGGUGCGUGACGCUGCACCAGCAGGUGGCGCCGGCGGAAACUCGGACUUUGGAGUUUGAGCUGAGUCCGGAAGCGCCCGCGAGACAAGUCCGAGUCUUUCGAGAUACUCGCGGCUCCCUCGGCAGCGGCAGCCUCACGGCGGCGGUCUGCGAGCGAGAUUCCGGCGUGGAGGACGACGACGGGUCGCCGCGACCUUCGCCCCGUCCUCACCUUUCGGCUCAGCAGACUCCUCGAGUUCAGCCGGCGGUCCCGGAACUUUCUCUCUUGAUCGACGGCAGCUUCUCAUCCGUUGGCGACGUGCGGCCGGACCCCGAGAAGGGCGUGGGCCCCUUCCACAGCACCCCCGACCCGCACCCGCCUCGGCGGGCCGCGGUCCUCGGGCCUCCCCCGCCCGACUCUGCCCCCUCCACCCGGGACCCCGGCUCCGCGUCCCCUCCCUGGCUGGGGGGAUCGCGUGACGCCCACGAGCUCCUCUUCCGGCAAGACCGCCAGCUGCGCCUCCUGCAGGUCCAGGUCCAGAAGCUCCUGGAGACUCAGGCGGGACCGUCGCACUCCAAGGCCAAGACCAGCAAUGUCGCCGUAGCGACAGGUGCCAGUCUCCUCUGGGGGUCUUCACCUAAAGCCCCUGACCCUUCCGCGGGUAGAUCCGAGGAUAGUGACGUCGCCGACCGGGGGUCCGGUGGCCCCGCCUCCUGCCAUCCCAGCACAGACGGCCGGCGGACGCCGGGCGAGGCGCCGGAAGGCCGGCGGACGCCGGGCGAGGCGGCGGAAGGCCGGCGGACGCGGGCGAGGCGGCGGAAGGCCGGCGGACGCCGGGCGAGGCGGCGGAAGGCGGCGGACGCCGGGCGAGGCGGCGGAAGGCCGGCGGACGCCGGGCGAGGCGGCGGAAGGCCGGCGGACGCCGGGGAGGCGGCGGAAGGCCGGCGGACGCGGGCGAGGCGGCGGAAGGCCGGCCGGCGGACGCCGGGCGAGGCGGCGGAAGGCCGGCGGACGCCGGGCGAGGCGGCGGAAGGCCGGCGGACGCCGGGCGAGGCGGCGGAAGGCCGGCGGACGCCGGGCGAGGCGGCGGAUGGCUUCUAUGCCCACAUGACAGCGAGCGGCAGACGGGACGCGGGGCAGCCGAGGAGGAGCCGCCCGCCCGCCGAUCGGUCGGACGCGAACGAGCGUCGCCGGGGGACCGCGACGUGGUCACGGGAACGCAGCGUCAGCCCCCCGUCGGCAUCCGGCGCGGACGCGAGCGCCCUCUGCCUGCGAUACGUGGACGGGUCGCGGGUCGGCCCCGCCCCUUGGCCGCCGUCGCUCAGCGACAUGUCGCUGGCCACCGGCGCGUACCUGGGGCGUCACGGUCUGCGCCGAGGGCUCGCCGAGCCCCUCCCGCAGAACGGGCCCAGUUGGGAGCCGCGGCCCGACGAGUCCGUGGGGAACGUUCUGGACCGCACUCGCCUCAGACAGCUGCCCAAACUCUGAUGUGAUCAUUUCAUUUGAAAGCGUCCCCCUACAGGUCACUUCUGUUUCUGCUUCUCUUAAUAAAGUGCUUUUAAUUUGAAA